AUGCCCUACGAUUUAGCUAUUGUAAAACAAAGCACACUAAUGAGCAUUUGUGAGAGCUAUCUUUUUCGGUGUUUCUUUGCAGAAUUUUGUAAUUUAAAAGUUAAUGCAAAAUGUAAUUUUGGGCUUGUACAAGGUUGUACGGAAUUUAAUUCAGAUCAAACUACUCCUGUAAUCCAUUUCUGUUUGAUCUCACUUUCUCAAAGUGCUCUUAGCUUCACGAGGAAUUCCUGUGAUUUUGGAAUUCAACAGAAACUUUUCCAUUUUGUAGACAAACUCGAGUCGACACCUUAUGCUCUGAGGUUACCAACCAAUUGUAUGGAUAAAGGGGAGAAAAAAGGGUACUCAUUUUUAUUAAGUACUAUGCUGGACGUAAAAUAUCAGUAUUAUAUUAUACGAAAAGAAAAUUUGUUUAAUCCAAAUUUUACUGAUCCUCAUUUCAAUGCUUCAAAGUUCUUUAAACGUUGCCCUGGUACAAAAGCACUAAAUGUUUUCCUUUUAACUGGUACAUUUAUUUUCAGAAAAAAAUGCAUGAAAAGAACUGGUGGAAACUCACAUACUGCCUAUUUACUUUUGACUUCCAAGGACCGUGAAAUCGACUUCACUGACAUUUGGAAUUAUGCUUGCAGGGAGAUUCAACGCAGUCUUGAACAGGGAAAAGUAAAGAUAUCGAGACACGAAACUCCGGAAUCUAUCCCUCGGCGUGAAAAGGUGAAAUCGCUUAUUAAUCUCCUUAAAUUGGACGCUUUUUCUGAACCCCCUUCAUCCACUCACAUCAGCCGUCAUCAAUCAAAAUCUUCUAGAUCUAUUCCUAGAAGGAAUCGGGUAAGAAAAUCACUAAAAGUAAAAUAUUCGCGAGAUCGCAGAGAUAUUCGCGAGUUCGCUGCAUUGACGGAAACUAGUGGAAAAUUGAAAGUUGAUCGUCGGCAUCAAAAGAACCUUUCAAAUAUGGAAGAGAAUUCUUCGGAGGUGGAAAUGCCUCGAAGACGGACUUCAAGACGCUCCAAACCAGUGAAGAGACCUGCAAAACAGCAGCUCCAACAGAACCAUAGGUUUCCAAGCAAUCGCUCUCAGCCACAUGGAGAUGAGGCAUCAUUUACACAGUCUCAAAUUCAUAAUCAAGUUCAAGGGCAGACGGAAUUCGACGCCAAAUCAAAUGACAUGGAGCAGAAUUUAAGACCUUCACCUGAAGGUACUGAACUGGGUCCUACGGCAACUAACGAAGUUACUGGAAAGACAGAAGAGGACUCAUGCCUACAAGGUGAAAAGAUUAUCAUCGCGAUUGAAAGAACCGAUCAAACAGCUGACCUAAGUCAGUCUGUUGAAGAUCUGGAUCUCAAAGAAUUCAAAUCACAGGAUGUGGGCGAUUUAGUCUGUCAGGAUGACCUCGAUUUUGUUAGUAGCGGAACAAACAUCACUCGAAUGCCAACAACUAUUGCAGAACUGAUAUCUCAAAGACGUGGCUUUAAAUCGAAAGAAAACUUAUUUGCUCAAAUGGAAUCCUUUAACAAAGCUUUAAAAAAAUCCCUUUUAAGUGCUCCAUUAUCACCACUGAUGGCUGAUUGUGUGCCUUUGGUUAACUUUACAUUACCAAAGUAUGAAUCGAUGAGGUCGAUAGAAGUUUUAAAAAACAGAGACGAGAGAAAUUAUAUCUUUACUUCACAUUUGAUCAUCUCGGCGUCAGCUCACGCACUUCCAUUACCGAAAAUGAUUGCUGAAUACUUUCCUAGACAGGCUGCAUUUUCAGUGAUUUUGGAAAGCACUAGUGAGGGAUCGAAAAAAGCUACUACCACUGAACCUCAAAAACCAAGUUAA